AUGGAUUCCGGCAGGGUAGAGUAUAAGGCGUUGGUUAGACGGGUAGAGGAGAUGGAAAAUUCCGGUAAGAGGCAGGAUACUGAAGAGUAUCAGACGGGGGUCACGAAGCUUAUUGAGGAGGUUCUACGUGUUAAACAGGUAGUUUACGAUAGGUUAUCAUUGUUCAGUGAUAAUGAAGAGAUUGAGGAUGUAUCUACUUCAUCUAUUCCGUUUCUGUCGAUUGACUAUUAUUUGGGGCGGUUGGUUUUGAUGAAGCAGUAUGUGGGUGUCGAAAGUAGUGAGGAUCCAGUGAUGAAAUAUAGAUGGAAGAUAGAGUUUUUGAAUAAGGCUGUUCAGAUUUGGAUGCAAUUUUUGGUGACAUUACAAGGGUAUGGGGUCUCGGAUGAGUUUCUUUCAAAGGUUUUAGAUCGGGUUGAGAGUUCACAAGGCCCUCUGUUGGAGGAGUUGUUUCCACAACCAAGUUCAUCCGAGGAUUUGACUGGUGCACAAAUGAAGAGACAGGCUAAAAUUGAUAUUUAUCAGCAGAAUAAGCUGCUCGAACAGAAGAUUGGGCAGCUGAAAGUUGAGAUGCGUGGCCACGAGGUUGAACACAAUGACCGUAGUGUGGAUGAAGAAGUAUUGCGGAAGCUAUAUCUGGCUCAGUUGAAACAGCUGUCGUUCAAAUGUUUCAACGAGUUAGAGGGUAUACUGAUGGAAAUUGAGCUGUUGAAGAACUUUAGUAAAGCGGCCCCGAUACAGGAACCCUCGAAGGACAAGGAGGAGAAGUUGCUUCCUUUCGAAUACACUGACAAGCUGGAAACAUUGAAUAAACCGUUAUUAUCGAAAAAUGGCAGGGUUUUGAGGAACUUUACAUUAUUAGACAAGAAGGAUCGUUUAAAGGAAAGCGUUUUUGGAUAUGGACAAUAUGGUCCUACUAUGUCAGUUGAAGAAUUUUUGGAACAAGAAUUCGAGAGUGGCAGGGUCCUGCAAGAUAAUAAAGAACCAGAAGAGGUAGUAGAUGAGGAUAAUCAUGAAUGGCAGGACAAAGAAACCUAUAAGGCUAGAGAAUGGGAUGCUUUUAAAGAGGCUAAUCUCCGUGGAAGUGGAAACACCAUGAAUAGGGGGUAG